AUGAUACCUGCCUGUAUAUGGUGUGCUAUCUCUGCUUCCCUCUACAGUAAUGGUGCUGGUGUGAUUGCUUCUCUGGGUUUCUUGAUCUCCGUGUUUCUUACUGCUUAUUUUCGAUUGAAAUAUCCACGGCUGUUAAUUCCUUCCUUGCAAGCAUUCACCAUUCCAUUCUUUGGUCUGACUCGCAAUAUCUAUGCAACCAGUUUUGACGUGAUGUCCAUUGUAGGCAUUUUUUACCCUACUUUAAUUGGUGGUGGAAUUGCAUUGAUGGUCAAUUUGAUUCUAUGGCCAGAAACAGCAGCCAGGAUAUCCGAAGCGUCUUUUGGUAGUGCUCUUUCUUCGAUUUCAAGUGUAUUGGACUGUAUAGACACAGAAGUCUUGAAGGAUCAUGUCGACGUUGCUUUUAGUGACUUGGCGGCAUCUAAAAAAUUACGUCAAACCAUUCAGAAAUUAGACACCGACAUUGCUAAAAUGCAGAAAUCCAGACGAGAAGCGAAAUACGAAAUUGUCAUUUCACACUAUUGCCCGCUUUGGUACAAGUCGUUUGCGAAGACCAUGGAUGGCAUGACUCAGAAUCUCUAUGGUCUAUCGUUGGCUGUUGAAAGAGAAGCCUAUAUCAUCCUAGAUCAAAAACUUCAGACACAUCAAAAAGUCAAUCCUGCAACACGCUUACAGAGACAAUAUGCACUCGAGAAUGGAGAUACACUAAUGAGCCAAGGUUCAGAGUACAUUGCAAUAGGCACAAACAAACUCGAGAACGGAGGCACUGUAUCGCGCAUUGAAUACAAGUUCAUUUCACGACUCAAUUCUUCUGUUCAGCCAGAAAUCAAACAAUUUGUACAGACGUGUGCUCAUGCGAUGAAAUCAAUUCGGUACCGCCUUGAAACCCAUCGCGCUAUUCACUCGUAUCUCUCUUGUGUGGAUCAUGCGAAUGGUCAAUACGACUUGACAUCUGCUUUAGUGAAUUUGGACAAUGCCAAAGUCAUUUUACAAAAGGAAUAUGAAGAGCGUCAAUCAGAACCUACUGAGGACCAUUAUCUAAUCUUUACAAUCCUGUUCUGUCUCACCCAGUUUGGACAGAAAUUAGUGGCAUUGGACAAACAAGCAACAGAAUUGAUUCAAAAGCGAAAAAGUGGUCGAUUUCCUCGGGUAUUUUUUCCUCAUGUCCAUUGGAGGAAAUGGUUAGAGCAGACAGGCGAACAUGUACAGACUGAAAACACAGUGACUGAACAUGUCUUGUUUGGGCAACAGCAUGUGUUAAAUCGAGAAGACACCAGACGGUCUGAACAUCAUCCCGAUUCCUCGGAAGGUACGUCUGCAUUUAAGCCGAGUGGUGGCAUCGAUAAGCGCAUGUCGAUUGAAAGUGAUUGGGAAGACAAAGCAUCUGUCGCACUUCAACAUGCACCUGGAAAUCAUGUAUGGAACAAAUGGCUUUAUACUCUCAAUGUGUGGUGUAGAACAGAUCCUUUUCGGUAUGCAGUCAAGUUCACAGUGACCAUGGAGUUGUUGGCUUUGAUGGCUUGGCUGCCUAUUCCAGGUGUCAAUGAGCUGUACAACAAUAACCAUGGGCAAUGGGCCUUGCUGUCUGCCAUGGUCGUAUUUAAUUUUACAGUUGGAUCUACAUUAACUCAAUGCGUCUAUCGAGUUGUGGCAACCGUGAUUGGUGCCAUCUGUGGCUAUCUUUCCUUAUUAGCAGCAGGUCGUAAUGCUAAUCCCUAUGUAUUGGCUGUCAUGAUCCUUAUUUUCCAAGUCCCCAUGUGGUUCACCUUAUUAGGAUCCAAGUAUCCGCGUAUUGGUUUUAUUUCACUCUUAACGUUGGCUGUGAUUUCAUCCACAGGCUAUAUAGAUACCAACCAGGAAGACUUAUUUGCUCCUGUCUGGAAACGAACAUUGACAGCGAUCAUUGCUAUUCUUGUAGUCAUUGUUAUCGAUCAUCUGCUAUGGCCUGUGUGGGCACGUACCAUGGUACGUAAACACUUGUCUGAUUUGUUGAUUGCCACAGGCAUUCAAUACUCGAAAGUGGCUUCGUUGGUCUGUCAGGAAAACACACAAUCUUAUCGCUACAAGUCGACUUUACUAGAUGCCCAAAUAAAUGCCAAAGUUCUUAAGCGACAACAACAGAUGACAUCGCAAAUGCUGGAGCUGGCAGUCAUGGAGCCCCGUAUCACCAAAGGGACUUUUCCUAUCGACAUCUAUCGCCAAAUGCUGUAUCAUGAACGCAACAUACUGUACUGGAUUGACCAUUUACUCAAGACACAGCAAUUUAUUUCUGAACAUGUUCGAAAAAAGAUCAUGAAUCCACUGAAUCCGUAUCGUAAAGAACUCGCAGCAGCUGUCCAUCUUUACCUGUUCACAUUAGCAGGCUCUCUUCGCACCAAAUCUUCUUUACCUGCUUCUUUGCCCUCGGCAGAAAUGGCUCGACAGAUCUUACAGAAACGACAAUCUGAAGUGUGGCAUCAAAGCUUUCAUGAAUUAUCGAGAGUGGUCGAUCCAGAAGACAAUACGGCAAAUGACGAAGAAACAAGACGACAAAAACGAAGCGCAGAAAACCAAAUCUAUUGGCAGACCUAUGCUGCAGGAUCAGUCGAAGUGAUUAUGGAACAAGAAGCCAUAGGUGAAUUAAUGGUGAAACUGAUGGGUCAACAUAUAUUUAAAGCAGCUACCAAGGAUUGGAUUGAAUGA